AUGGACACGGCCGGGGCGGAAGCAUCCCAGGGCGACGCGCUGGAGGCCUUGCCCGCACCGCCAGCGCCAGCGGCGCCCAUGGCGCCCACGGGGGAGGACGGGGCGCCCAGCGACUUGAGAGCCACGCUCCAGCAGGCGCGGAGGGGGGGCACGGGCACCCUGCCGCCCUUCAUCGCAGAGUGCUUCCACCACUACGAUGCGGGCCAGCACUACAGCUGGCCGGCCUGGCUUUCCAAGGACAAGCUGCGCGACGUCGAGGGUCGUCGGCCAGAUGACCCUGCCUACAAUCCUGGCACGCUCUGGAUCCCGGACGCGGCGCAGCAGAAGGCCGACGGCCAUGGCACGCCGAUGCUGCUGCAGUACUGGAAGUUGAAGAGUGUUCAUUUCGACAAGAUCGCGCUGUUCAAGGUUGGCAAAUUUUACGAGCUCUUCUACUACGAUGCCUUCAUCGCCCAGCACGUUUGCGAUCUCAAGUGGAUGGCCAACGAGAAGAAACCCCACGUCGGCUUCCCUGAGAUGGCUAAGCACGACUACGCUAAGAGGCUGGUAGACGCUGGGUACAAGGUCGUCGUCGUGGAGCAGGUGGAGCGCGUCCAGGAGCAGCGAGAGCGCACGGCGGAGAAGUGCAGGAGCGACGGCCCGAGCUGCGUCCAGCGCGACGCCUGCGAGGUGUACACCAAGGGCAUGCUGGUGGAUCCCGAGAUGCUGGGCGGAGCGAGCGCCCGUUUUGCGGUCUACCUGCACUGCCAGGGGGGCACAU